AUGAAACUCCUCAAUCUCGUCGUUCUCGCGGCCGCCGCCGCCAUUCCCGCCCAGGCUUGCAAGUGCAUCGACAGCAAUGGAGGCCAGAACGCCGUCAACACUCAGUUUUGCUGCGCGUCUCUCGACGGAUCGUUCCAAUUCGGCGACGACUGCGCCGCCAGCUCCAUUUCGCAGCACCUCAGCAACUUCAGGUCGUGCUGCAGGAUCCGCGGCAGCCAGACCUCCGACUGCAACUUCCCGAGCAAGGGCCAUUGGCCGGGCGCACUGGCAUAUACUUUCAGAACCCCCCGUCAUGUUGUUCAAGAGAUGUAG